UUUUACUUGGUUCAAAUGGCUGAUGCUGAUGGCUCUCACAAGUUAGUGCCCUUAGUUAUUGGAAAAGCCAAAAAUCCCAGGAGCUUCAAAGGUUUUAAUAAACCACUUCAUUACAACUUUUCCAAAAAUGCUUGGAUGACGUCUCGAAUCUUUCAUGAUUGGUUUCACAAGAUAUUUAUUAAUGAAGUCAUCCAGUUUUCUCAAAAAUAUAACUUGCCUCCGAAGGCUCUUUUGCUUAUUGAUAACUGCUCCGCGCAUGCACCAAUUGAGCAUCCUCAAAGCAAAGAUGGCAACAUAGUUGCAUACUUCUUGCCGCCAAAUGUGACAGCAGCUGUGUAACCAAUGGAUCCAAAUCCCAUAAAGUUAACAAAGACUUGUUGUAAGUUACUUGCUGA